GGUGUCUGAGUGAUUCCCUGGGCCCAGCACAGGGACCAACUUUCCAGAGCCCUGAAGACAAGGGGUAACACCCCAAAAUAUGGACUCAUUUUUCACUCUACCUUCAUUGGCCGAGCAGCUGCCAAGAACAAAGGCCGCAUCUCCCGAUACCUGGCAAACAAAUGCAGUAUUGCCUCAUGAAUUGAUUGCUUCUCUGAGGUACCCACCAGUGUAUUUUGGGAGAAGCUUCUAGAACAAGUUGAGGAGUGGCUGUCCUUCUAUGAGACUGGAGAGAUUCCAUGAAAGAAUCUGGAUGUCAUGAAGGAGGCAAUGGUUCAGGCAGAGGAAGCGGCUGCUGAGAUUACUAGGAAGCUGGAGAAACAGGAGAAGAAACGCUUGAAGGAAAAGAAAAGGCUGGCUGCGAUUGCCCUAGCGUCUUCAGAAAACAGCAGUAGUACCCCGGAGGAAUGUGAGGAGACAAGUGAGAGACCCAAAAAGAAGAAAAAGCAAAAGCCCCAGGAGGCUCCUCAGGCUAAUGGAAUGGAAGACCCAUCUGUCUCCUCCAAACCCCCCAAAAAGAAAUCUUUUUCCAAGGAGGAGCUGGUUAGUGAUCUUGAAGAGACAGCUGGCAGUGGAAGUCUUACCAAGAGGAAGAAAUCUUUUCCCAAAGAGGAACCAGAUAGUGGCCCUGAAGAGUCAGGAAACAAGAGGGUCCCCAAGAAAAAGAGGAAAUUCUCUUCCAAGGAGGAGCCUGUCAGCAGUGGACCUGAAGAGGCUGCUGCCAGCAAGAGCAACAGCUCCAAGAAAAAGAAAAAACUCUGAAAGCUAUCCCAGGAAAAUUAGA